GAGAGAAAGAGAGAGAGAGUGUGUGCGCGUGUGCUUUUCUCAUCAGCCUCAUCAUCUACACUGACUCUCACACACUUCUGUGAAUUUCCUUAUGGAUAUCUGGCAUUUAUAUCAUCAAAGAUGAAAAACCACCAAUGUGUUUUUGCUGAAGGCAACGUCGUGCUAGCAUCAUUUCAACACCGCAGCAAAAAACCAAAACGUACAUAAAGGAAACUGCCAGUUUAACAUCUCAGUAAGCAAUGGGGAAAGGAUAUUACAUCAGCAAACAUCUGGCCACGGCGGCCAUGAUACUGGCAGCAAUAGCUUUAGUGACCAUCAUCGCAUUAUCAGUAGUCUACAAUCGAGAAAAGUCCAAAAACACAGCGAAACUCACUAAUGCGACGACAUCGGCAGUUCCUCCAACGCCAAAGCCUUCCAACGAGCCCUGGGACAAGUACAGACUCCCUGAUACUCUUUCACCACAAUACUACAACAUAACUCUUUGGCCUCAAAUGGUGAUGGACGCCAACGGGAUGUACAUUUUCACUGGGAUUUCUGACGUGAUGUUUACUUGCGUGAAGAAGACAGACCUGAUUUUAAUCCACUCCAACAAACUUAACUUGACUCUGUUCAAUGGACGCCACGCCAAACUCACAGGUAUGAGUGGCGUAACAGCGCCGGCCAUAAAAAGCACCUGGCUUCAGACGCAAACACAGUAUUUAGUGAUUCAGCUAAAGGGAAAACUGAACCCCGGAAAGUCCUACUGGCUCCACACCGAGUUCACAGGAGAGCUCGCUGACGAUCUGGAAGGAUUCUAUAGGAGCGAAUACAUGGAGGAUGGUGAAAAAAAGAUUAUUGCCAUCACUCAGAUGCAGGCCACAUAUGCAAGAAAAGCCUUUCCGUGUUUCGAUGAACCUGGCAUGAAAGCUGUGUUCAAUAUCAUUCUCAUCCAUGACCGGGGAAUGACAGCACUGUCAAACAGCCAAGAAAUCAGGACAGAAGAUGUCAUCAUUGAUGAAAUGCCUGUUACCAGGACGACAUUUGAACCCACAGCGAGGAUGUCAACUUAUCUUGUCGCAUUUGUUGUCAGUGAUUUUUCAUACAUCAACAAUGAAGAUAAAGCGGGUGUUUUGGUAAGAAUAUGGGCUCGGAAAAAAGCCAUUGAUGACGGACAAGGAGACUACGCUCUCAGCAUUACCCAACCAAUACUGGAGUUCUUCGAGAGUUAUUACAACACCAGCUAUCCACUUUCUAAGUCAGAUCAGGUUGCGCUGCCUGACUUCAACUCGGGAGCCAUGGAAAACUGGGGUCUGGUCACUUACAGAGAAACGGCUCUCCUCUACGAUCCGCAGACGUCUGCCAAUGGCAACAAGCAGAGGAUUGCGACUGUGGUUUCUCACGAGCUGGCUCACAUGUGGUUUGGAAACCUCGUGACGCUGAAAUGGUGGAAUGAUCUCUGGCUGAAUGAGGGUUUCGCUUCCUACGUGGAGUAUCUGGGCGCUGAUCAUGCUGAACCGACCUGGAAUAUUAAAGAUCAGAUAAUUCUUUACGACAUGCAAAGAGCGUUUGCGGUGGACAGCUUGACCUCCUCUCACCCCCUGUCCCGAAAGGAGGAAGAGGUCAACACCCCAGCAGAAAUCAGUGAAAUGUUCAGCACCAUUUCCUACAGCAAGGGAGCUGCGGUGCUGAAAAUGCUCUCCGAAUUCCUGACGGAGCCUGUGUUCGCUAAGGGACUCAGUAACUAUCUAAAGCAGUUUGCUUUUGGAAGCUCUGUGCAUUCAGAUCUCUGGGAUCAUCUUCAAAAGUCUUUAGAUCAAGCUCCUGGAAUGAAACUACCGCGUAGUAUUCAUGAAAUUAUGAGCCGCUGGAUACUACAGAUGGGGUUCCCGGUAAUCACCAUUGACACCCGAACAGGGAACGUCAGCCAAAAGCACUUUCUCGUGGAAAAAGACGCAGUCGUGGAAAGGAAAUCUGAAUUUAAUUAUGAAUGGUUUGUGCCGAUCAAAUGGAUGAAGAAAGGCCAGGUGCAGGAUCAGAUGUGGCUCCUACAGAAAUCAGCUAUACACAAGCCCAUGAAAGUCAGCAAAGGUGAAUGGGUGCUGGCCAACCAUAAGGUGUCGGGAUACUUCAGAGUGAACUAUGACCAUGGAAACUGGGAGCGACUUCUCAGCCAACUGGAGACAAAUCAUCAGACAAUACCUGUGGUGAACAGAGCUCAGAUUCUGGAUGACGCAUUUAAUCUAGCAAGAGCAUCCAUUAUAAACAUCACCCUUGCUUUGAGAACAACUAAAUAUCUGGUUCGUGAGCGGGAAUAUAUUCCAUGGGAAGCGGCACUUCGAAGUCUGAACUAUUUUUUCCAGUUGUUCGAUCGCAAUGAAGUUUACGGUGCUUUGCAGGCUUAUCUCAAAAAACAAGUCAAGCCUCUAUUUGAACAUUUUGGGACUAUCAGCUCAAACUGGACAAAGGUUCCAAACGGCCACACUGACCAGUUUACACAGAUCAUUGCGCUGUCUCUAGCCUGCGGAACAGGUGUAGAGGGAUGCAGAGAAAUAACCAAGAGCUGGUUUAAGAAAUGGAUGCAAAAUCCUCGUGUCAACCCGAUUCACCCUAACCUGAGGUCGACGGUGUACUGCAACGCCAUCGCUGCGGGUGGUGCAGACGAGUGGAACUUUGGCUGGCAGAUGUUCCAGAAGGCCACGGUCGCAGCUGAAGCUGUCAAACUGAGAGCGGCUCUGGCCUGCACUAAAGUGCCCUGGUUACUCAACAGGUAUCUGGAAUACAGUAUAAACCCAGAAAAGAUACGCAAGCAGGAUGCCACUUCAACCAUUGGGUACAUUGCCAGUAAUGUUAUUGGCCAACCUCUGGCAUGGGAUUUUGUCCGGGCAAACUGGGACUAUUUCUUCAAAGUAUAUGGCACAGGAUCAUUCACUUUCUCCAGAUUAAUUAGUGACAUCACCAGCAAAUUCUGCACACCGUUUGAACUCAGUCAGCUGAAACGUUUCCAGAAGGACAAUGCUGAGACCGGAUUUGGUUCGGGGACUCAGGCGCUCCAGCAGGCCAUCGAGAGAACAACAGCCAAGAUUAAAUGGCUGGCAGAGAACAAGGAACCAGUGCUGCAGUGGUUCAUCUCAGAAUCGGCAUAAGCUACACAUCAGUUUGCCUUGAGACCUUGGAAAGUCUUCAACCACACAUCAGUUCAUCAUCCUGUAACCUAACUGAAUAGAAAUGAAUGGACGCUAACAGCAUUUUAAAAAUAAUCCAAGGAGCAUUCCUAUCACAAGGACAGCCCUCCUGGAGUAACCCGAGAAAUGUUUUGCUCAAGGACACAGCGAAACACUCCCGUUUGUGGUUUGGAGACCAAAUAUUUAACAACUAGAACACAUCACUCUGAAGCAAAUGAGGAUGCAUGUGCAUUAGAGACUACAUGAAAUAUGACGACGGAUCCCUUGGUACUGAAGAAGCAGGGAACCGGUUUUUGUAUAAUUAGUAGUGUUGCCAAGUCAAACAUCACUACUAUUAUUAUAAAUUUUGCCUAUACUUAGUGUAACAAAUUUAUACUAAAUAAACUAAACAAAAAAAGGGCUAUAUGUACAGAGAAAAAAACUUACAUAAAAUUUCACAUUAAAAAAUCAGUCUGUAGGCUUUCAUAAACAAGCUUGGAGGUUGAGGAAGGUCUUAUUUUUGAGGUUACUUUACAACGUGUUCACACAUUGGCAUAAAAUAGCGAUUAAAGUGGUCAUCAACUGAGAAAUCACCUUGAUCUUUUGACAUAUUCAUUCAUUGUAACUUACGGGAGAGUUACGGUGUGGAGAAGCCCCAAAGAAUGCUACCCAGACUCUUGCAUGCCCAGAGUGAACUUCAAGGCAUUCUCAUUACAUCGAACUUGAGUGCAUUAGUUCAUCAUCAUGAUUCAAGCUAUGUUUAUGUCCCAGAAAAUAAUGAAGACUUUGGGUGGCUUCUUUUGGUUUGAGUCAGUAGCAUCCCAGAAACCACCCAACCUGGCAACCAGCAUUCAUAUUUCUCAGUAUAUUGUAAAGCUCUGUUUAUCUUGUAGUGGAUAAACUACUGUUAUUCUUUUUAUAACAUGACACAAUUAAAUGUGUUAAAUAGUUAAAGCUUAGGGGUCAGUAAGAAUUUUUUUAAAAAACAAAACAAAAAAAGUUUGAUAAGUUUCUAUUCUAUUAACCCAAAUAACAGAUUGGAGUGUUUCAAAAAAAAAAAAAAAAAAAAAAUUAAAUUU